AUGACUUCAAACAUAACCAGCCUUUCCAAAAGGGCUAAUGGGGGUAAUAGCUAUAGACAAGCAUCUCAUUCGCUCUGGGCUUUUUCAACAUUCAUUGUUGGAGAAACUCCUUUCCCAGAAUUCAGUGCAAUUGUAAUGCUAGACGACAUUCAGCUCUGGUAUUAUGACUCCAAUGUCGAGAAGAUAAUACACAGACGUCAUGGGUCAGGCAAUGCAUAUGAAGAACAAGAGUAUGGUAAGAAUAUAUUUGCGGACCAGUACCACAGCAUGAAACGUAGAGCCCUGCUGUCAUCCCAAAAGCUCAACAAGACAAAUGGAGUACAUGUUCAACAAAGAAUGGCUGGUUGUGGGCUACUUGCCAAUUACGGUCAUGGGAUGCUUUCAAUGGUAAAGUUCCUGGAGUUCACAUAUGGCAAUGUGUAUAACCCAAUUUGCAUACAAAUCUUGAGGAAUAACCUUCAUACAAGGAAAAAUAUUGUAAUGAGAAAAGUGAAGCCCAGAGUUCGGCUCCUCCAGAAGAGACUCCCAGACUCUGGAGGGGUCAGAGUGACCUGCCUGGCAACUGGCUUCUACUCUCGUCACAUCAACCUGACCCUGCUGAGAGAUGGCCAGCCUGUGCCUGACCACCAGAUCAGUGGGGGGGAGCUGCUACCUAAUGGAGAUGAGACGUACCAGAUGAGGAAGAGCCUGGAGGUCAGCACAGAGGAGCUACAGCAGCAUCACUACACCUGCACAGCUCAACACCUCAGCCUGGACAACAAACUGAACAUUGAUUUAGGCUUCUAG